CUCACAGAGAAGCAAGCCCUGCCAACCCAGAGGGCAUCCCUCUUUAUUGCUGUUCACUUCCUGGGAAGGAUUAAUUGAUAGCAGAAGAUUUCAGGGAGUUCCAAAAAGUGAAUCAUGGUACAGAAACAAGGGACAACCAAAUGCGGACUAGCAAAACUACUAAUGUUGAUGGCUACCCUGUUGAUAAGAAGAGGGACCUGUUCAUAUUAUCAUGGAUAUAAUCCCUGUGAAGAGAAAGAAGCACCCAACAGAGGUAUUCACCAAGUAAUUCGUUCCCGGCAAGUAUGUGGGCGACCCACUGCCUUCAACAGGAAUGUUGGGGGUGAAGACUCUGUGGAAGGUGAAUGGCCAUGGCAGGUCAGCUUGAUGAAGAUGGGCAAGCAUGUCUGUGGAGGGGCCCUAAUUUCCAGUGACUGGGUUGUGACGGCAGCACACUGUUUUCAACAGAACAGUGAUCCUUCCCAAUUUAACAUGUUGCUGGGAGCCAACAAGCUGGAGAAUUCCUGGCCCCACAAACUCUCUAUUGGGGUUGGACAAAUCAUCCGAAACCCCCUGUAUGCAGGAGAGGCCACAAGCGGAGACAUUGCCUUGGUGCGAUUGGCCCAGCCAGUCAGGUUCACCGACUACAUCAUACCAAUCUGUCUGCCUGCAGCCAACGUGCACUUUCCCCCAGGCAUGAAGUGCUGGGUCACAGGCUGGGGAGAUAUCAGUGAGGGACAGGAUCUACCAGCUCCAAAGAAGCUCCAAAAGCUCCAGGUGCCCAUAAUAGACACCGAGACCUGCAGGAGACUCUACAGCAUUGACAUGGGCCAGAAUCUGCCCCAGAAACCCAUUCGAGCUGACAUGAUGUGUGCCGGGUAUGCUGAAGGCAUGAAGGACACAUGCAAGGGUGACUCUGGUGGCCCAUUGAUGUGCAAGAUGAACAAGGAAUGGCUCUUGGCUGGUAUUGUAAGCUGGGGGGAAGGCUGUGCUGAGAAGAACCGCCCCGGGGUGUACACCCGUCUGACCUCAUAUCCAGGCUGGAUUCAUUGGCAUAUCCCUGAUAUGGAGUUCAUUCAGCCUAGCUGGGGUCACAUCAAGCUCAAGAAUAUAGGCACUGGUAGAACCGAUGGGAUGGGACCAUCUUUCUUUAUUACUGCUCUACUGCUGGUCUUUGUGUGGACCCUUAAUCGAGUCUUGGCAUAG